GAUAAGUAGCAAAACAGAUUCCACAUUCCUUGAAAAACCUGGCUCCAGUAUCUGUUAUCUCUCUACUCUGCAGACAGCAGAGUACAUGAAAAUACAGAAGGAACUGGAAAGGCUGAUGAGAAAGAAAUGUGAGCGGAGAAGGAGGAGAGGCAUGUUGAGCCUGAUUUUGAGGGGACGGAAUAGAGGAAAUAGGAAUGAAUGGGGUGGCCAGUCCCUGAAAGGGGAAUACACAAAUGGAGCAUGAAUAUGGCAAAAAGAUUUCCACACUUACAGAAGAGCAUCUAUAAUAGGGAAUAAUGAGAAAGGAGCAGUGAAGGAGGAGAGGGUGAAUCUACAAAGGCCUCAAAGCAGAGACGUUUAACAGGGUAAAUUCACUAAAACGGAAAAUCUGAUUACACAAGUGUUGAAAAUGUUUCAGGGUAUGAAUGCCAAAUCGAUGGUUGGGUAGAAAAUAUAUUUAGAGACACUGAAGAAAACAUUUCAAAUUGACUUCGGUCCAGUUCUAGCACUGCACCCUCAUACACCACAGCUCUGUCAAAAGAGGAGCAAGCUUGUGCUCUGGGCUUGUAGAUAUGAAACGUCCCAUAUUUUUCUUUUCUUUCCUUCCCUAUAGGAUAUGCUUUCCUUUAUCAAUCAAAAAGGGCCAUUCACAGAAGGCAUCUUCAGAAAAUCAGCCAGUAUAAAAUCACGCAGAGCCCUAAAGGAGAAACUAAACUCUGGGGACAAAGUGAACUUGGAUGAUGAAUCCAUUCUUGUGGUAGCAUCCGUCUUAAAGGAUUUUCUUCGAAAUAUUCCAGGAAGCAUAUUUUCAGCCAGUCUCUAUGAUAAAUGGCUUGAUGUUAUUGAUCAAGGGAAUGAGGAGGAGAAAAUAACUGCGACCCAGAGGCUCCUAGACCAGCUGCCAAGAGCCAAUGUAGUUUUUCUGCGAUACCUUUUUGGAGUGUUACACAACAUUGAGCAACAUUCCUCAUCCAAUCAGAUGUCAGCUUAUAAUUUAUCAGUGCAUAUAACCCCAAGCAUUCUUUGUCUGCUUAAUUCUGGCAGCACAGAAUUAGAAAACUUCACCAAAAAGAUUUCUUUCAUACAAUUUUUCAUUGAAAACUGUCUCAAGAUAUUUGGAGACGAUAUCACUUCUCUCUUUGGACAGAACUCAGUGAGUUCUGAUAACAGUGAUAUCACUGAUAUCACUGAUAACAGUGAGAAGGUUGCAGUGACAACAGAACAACCUCGUGAAUCCAAGCCAGUGAGAGUGACAGUGAUUUAUAGAAAGGUUCAACUGCAGUAUGAUGCCAUGACCUCAUCAAGGAUGGGUCCAUCCACUGACCUGUCUACAGUUUUCUAAGUUCCUGAAGAUUACAGUGCCCAUAAUCACACUUUACCCUUACCUUUUCUUUAUCCUAUAAUAUCACACUUGAGAACACUUUUU